UAGCCAACUCCCUUUCAUAACCUUCGAUCCGAGCCCGGCCAUGGCGUCUCGGGAAGCGCGGAAGCCGCGGAUCCUGAUCGCGGGCGGCGGCGUGGCGGGGCUGGUGCUGGCCCUGGCGGCGAAACGGCGGGGCUUCGAGGUGCGCGUCUUCGAGAAGGACCUGAGCGCCGUGCGGGGCGAGGGGCAGUACCGCGGCCCCAUCAUCCUCCACGGCAACGCCCUCGCCGUCCUCGCCGCCAUCGACCCCGACGUCGCCCGCCAGGUCCUCGCUGCCGCCUGCGUCACCGGGGACCGCCUCAACGGCCUCGCCGACGGCAUCACCGGAGACUGGUUUAUAAAAAUUGACCUUUUAACUCCUGCUCGGAAGAAGGGACUUCCGUUGACCCGAUCCAUAUGUAGAAUGACAUUACAAGACAUCUUACUGAAGGCAAUAGGAUCUGAUACAGUAUAUAAUAGGUCAAAAGUUGUCGACUUCAGGGAGCAUCAAAAUAAGGUAACUGUAAUCCUUGGCGAUGGAAGGGAGUACGAAGGUGAUGUACUAGUUGGGGCUGAUGGAAUAUGGUCGAAGGUUCGUGCAAAACUAUUUGGGUGGCAAGAUGCUCAAUAUUCGAAUUAUACAUGUUAUAGCGGAUCAGUAGACUAUGUGCCUUCGUAUAUCAGCACAGUCGGGUAUCGCGUGUUUGUGGGUUUCAACCAGUAUUUUGUUGCUUGUGAUAUUGGAUGUGGAAAGAUGCAGUGGUAUGGAUUUCAUAAGGAACCUCCAGGAAGUGCUGAUCCUCCUACAGGCAAAAGGAAAAGGCUUCUAGAACUAUACGAAGGUUGGUGCAGUGAGGUGGUCGCUCUAAUUUCACGGACUUCUGAAUCUAUGAUAUUGCGGAGAGACUUGUAUGACAGAGACAUGAUCUAUACUUGGGGAAGAGGGCGCAUUACGCUUGUAGGUGAUGCAGCCCAUGCCAUGCAGCCUGCUCUUGGCCAGAGUGGUUGCAUGGCCAUUGAGGAUUGUUAUCAGCUUGUACUUGAACUUGAGAAAGCUUAUGUCAAAUGUGAUUGUCAUGAUAAACAUGCGGAUGAAAUUGCCUUAGCAAUUGCAAGUUUUCACAGGUAUGAGAGGAAAAGGAUACUUAGAGUUGGUAUAGUGCAUGCGGUGACACGGAUGGCUGCCAGAAUGUCCUCUACAUACCGACCCUAUUUGGAUUUCGGGCCAGGAUGCCUAUCGGUAGUUUCUCACAAAUCUGAGAAUACCAAAUCCAGCUAUUUAUGGAGCACAAUUCGUUGUCGGACAUAUUAUCAUGCCUAUUGUUAUGACUUGGAUGCUGAAUGGCCAUGGCUAAACAGGCGUCGCACAUCCAUGAAAGAUUUUAUUGGUGUGAUUAUUUGCCCUAUCUAACAGGGUCUGGUGAUUGGGGCUCAGCGGUAGCAGAAGCGUUGAUAUCAGCAAUGAGGAAUAGAUAAGAAUAACAACAUUCCUCUGCAAAUCAAUUGGUAAGUGAUUGCCAAUAUAUCGAAAAAAGCUAUAUUGACGCAUGUAAUGUAAUUGUGCAUGCACUGGUUCUGCCCUAGCCUACCUUCCUGCCUACCCCCCUGUAUGUUAUGGUGAGCGCAGGCUUCUUUUGUUUAUUUAUUUUUCUUUUCAUGCUGAGCUCAUUAAGUUAUUUUAGCUGGUUACGUAACAAUUUUAUCAAUUUUAAAGAUUCUCAUGAAGAUUUGAUCGACAA